ACCGCCGCCACCGCCUCCUCCUCCCGCUUCUUUUCCGGUAUAUGAGGCCUCGGCACUACGCGAGCUUGGGGAUUCGGUGCGGCCUGGUGGUAAUGCCUGUCGCGAUGACCGGAGAGGCGAAGAUGAAGCUAUCCAGGAACCUACUGCGCAUGAAGUUCAUGCAAAAGGGUUUGGACGCAAAAACCAAAAAAGAACUAGAAGAAGAAGAAAAGAAGGUCAUUAGUGAUGAACACUGGUAUCUUGAUGUGCCAGUUAAAAAGGCAAAAGAGAGCUUUAUCAUAGAAGAGCAAAGCUUUGUGGUAUGCGAGGAACUACUUUAUGGCAGGAUGUCCUUCAACGGAUUCAAUCCAGAAAUUGAGAAGUUAAUGAUCCAAAUGAACUCUAAGAAUAAGAAAGAAGAAAUUGAAGUGGAUGAUAAAAUGGAGGCUGAUGUGUCAGAUGCAGAAAUGGCCAGAAGGUAUGAAACAUUAGUGGGGACAGUAGGGAAGAAAUUCAUGAGAAGAAGAGACCAGCGUGUAUUAAUGGAUGAAGAAAAUUGUGAGAAUAUUGAAAUAAGGCCUAGCAAAAAAGCUAAGAAAAAGUUCUUAAAACCUCGUGACUAAUAUCAGCUGCACAACUGGAGCCAAUAGAAGCGUUUUCUACCAAAUACAGUACCACAAACUGAGAUUGUUUGAAGUACUUUCUGUUUAGUGUAAAGGAUAGAUGUGUGAAUCUGAGUCAGUUCUCACUGAAACUUUUACCAUCUGCAUAAAUAAACCUUUUUCAGAGUGGAUGUGUAUUUAAUAGAUGUCAUACGUACUUAACCACUCAGCAGCUUCUACUGUGCACUAAUCCCAUCAUUCUUUAUAAAUGUUGUGCAUAACUAGAGAAGUGUCACAUGCAAUUGAGAGCAACAUUAUUUACAGUUUAUGGUAACAUCUGAAAGAAGUGUUUGGAGUAAAGCUGUGUCCAGUCCAGUAGGGCAGUUCAGUUUUCACUGCUUUAUUUAUUAUGAAAAUGAAACCUUUGCUGUCUUCAAAUUGAAAGAAGACCUCAGAAACAUGUGAACAUGUGUCGUUUUUUUUUUACUAUUCUAUAAAUAAGAUGGGAAAACAGAAAUAAGAUCAUUUUUGUUUACUUUUUAUAAAGCUUAUUUAAAACUAGAGGGACUUGUACUGAAACUUUUUUUAAUAAUACAUAGAGCGAGCCAAAUAUUGGGCAACAUUUACAAUUUGACACUUUAGUAGAUUGUGAGUCUGAAUUUGUCUUCAACAAGAAGUUUGCUAAUCUUGUCUCUUUUUCAGCAAAAGGAAAAAAUGCAGUCAUAAUUAUUGAUCUUGUCAUAAAAGCAUAAUAAUGACUUCAGAAACAUUUGACAGCUGAAUAAAAACUGACUUUUUUGUAUGUUUAAUGCUUGUGGUUUAGGUAAUUUAAUGUAAAAAAUGAUGCUUAAUAAAUUCUGAUAUAAGAGAUCCU